ACCUUUCCCUACGGAGCCAUCUCACCAGCCCCAUAUUUUCUUAAGUGUAUUUUUGGCAUUUUAGGGGACCAUGAACAUUGAAGCAUAUUUUGAAAGGAUUGGUUACCAGAACUCCAAGAACAAACUGGACUUGCAAACAUUAACUGAAAUCCUUCAGCACCAGAUACGAGCUAUUCCCUUUGAGAAUUUGAACAUCCAUUGCGGAGAAUCCAUGGAGCUGAGCUUAGGGGCCAUCUUUGAUCAAAUUGUGAGGAAGAAGAGGGGCGGGUGGUGUCUCCAGGUUAAUCAUCUCCUGUACUGGGCUCUGACCAAAAUGGGCUUUGAAACCACAAUGUUGGGAGGAUAUGUCUUUAACACACCAGCUAAUAAGUAUAGCAGUGGUAUGAUUCACCUCCUAGUACAGGUGACAAUCAAUGACAAAGACUACAUUGUUGAUGCGGGGUUUGGACGUUCCCUCCAGAUGUGGGAGCCUCUGGAAUUAGUAUCAGGAAAGGACCAGCAUCAGGUGCCUGCCAUCUUCCGAUUGACAGAAGAGAACGAAACCUGGUAUUUGGACCAAAUCAGAAGAGAGCAGUAUAUUCCAAACCAAGAAUUUGUUAACUCAGACCUCCUUGAGAAGAACACAUAUAGAAAGAUCUAUUCUUUUACUCUCAAACCCCGCACUAUUGAGGACUUUGAGUCCAUAAAUACCUACCUUCAGACAUCGCCAGCAUCUGUAUUCACAAGCAAGUCAUUUUGUUCCUUGCAGACCCCAGAAGGGGUUCACUGUUAAGUGGGCUGCACCCUCACCUAUAGGAGGUUCAGUUAUAAGGACAAUGUAGAUCUUGUAGAGUUUAGGAGUCUGAAGGAGGAAGAAAUAGAAGGUGUACUGAAAACUAUAUUUGGCAUUUCUUUAGAGAAAAAACUUGUGCCUAAACAUGGUGAUAGAUUUUUUACCAUUUAGAAUAAGCAGUAGUAAAAGUUUUCAGCGUCCCUCCAUGUACCUGGACUUUCUAUGAUUAUUUUUCAAACAUAUGUACAAUAUAUGUAAUCAUGUAAGCCUUUUUGCAUUUGUCCCCAGCUUACCAGUUAUUGAUAACUAAUAUUUUUUGUAUCCUCUCUAGUCAUGUAUUUUCAUUAGCAAUAAUCUCAUAGUGGAUAAACCUCGUUGGCUAUGAUACUGCCUCUGUGAAAAGCUCUACUCCUAUGUUUUAUUGGAAGAAAACCCUAAACAUUUCAUCCAUAAAAUAUCAGCACUGUUGGUUACAUGACUUUUGAAUGAAACAUAGAUACUCAAGGAGUACUAAAGCAAGGACAUGGGCAUAUUGGUGACCCCACCUGACACGUGCUAGGAAAUACCCAACAUUGGCUUACUGCUAAAUUCACAUAGUAUUUUUGCUAAUUGUUAAAUAAAAGAAAUAAUGAGAAAAGCACCAUUAAAUUCAACCAGCAUUUAGUUAGUAUCUAAUUUUUAUGAUAUAUUGGUUACCUGUAUAACUUAGCAUUUGAAUGCAGCAAAGAAGAAUGGGAGGUUGUGUUGGUUUCAAAUUAACUGUGUAGUCUUCAAUGUAUGACUUACACCAACACUUAGGGAUGUGUGAUGAGGACACAAGAGAAGCAGUCACGCAGCUAAUCAUUUCUUUCUGUGUUGUCUUUGUAUCUAAUUCUUUUAUUUUUCUUACUGUGGGAACGAAUACCAAUAUUUAUAAAUUUGAUCUUCUACAUUUUAAAAAUGUAUGCCUGAAAUAAUAUACACAAUGAAAUAUGUCUCCAAAACAUUUUCAAAGAGUAAUGUAGUAUGAAUGAGAGAGUUUGACUGGAGGAGUUAGGGUAUAAUGGAGGUUGGUGUCUUCUCCAAGGGAAUCUUGUGUUUAUUUUACUCCUCAGUCAUGCUGAUUAAUCUCCACUGCCAAUUUGACUAGAUUUGUAAUCACAUAGAAGAAUUCUGGGCAUUCUGUUAAUAUUUUUAGAGCUGUUUAACUGAAGGGGGAAACCCAUCUGAUGAAGGAAUGUGGGUGACAUCAUGGC